CACACUGCGGUGACGUAUGGUGGUGCGGCGCUGCAAGUGGAUGAUAUUGUGGUCCUCGGAGCUCCGGAGACACAGUAUGCCCCCUGAAAUGCGCCAGACUGUUUAAAGCUGUGCACAGACGUGUUUUACGUUGGGAGGGACAGUCUCUGCGAUCUGAAACAUUUUCGUUUGGACCAUGUUUUCACCGUAGCCUGGUAAGAAUAAGCGGCUGGUUGUGGGGAAUGCUCGGGAAAAUCCGCGGAUGUAACUGCGGCCUGUAGCACAACUGCACAAGAAAAGAAAUCUAAACAUGGCAGAGGAUCUCCAGAGAAACUUUAGAUCUGCAUAUUAUGAAAAGGUGGGCUUCAGAGGUGUGGAAGAGAAGAAAUCACUUGAGAUUCUUCUGAAGGAUAAUCCACUAGAUGUGGAGAAGUUAAGUACUUUCAGUCAACGUUUUCCACUACCCUCCAUGUACAGAAUGCAUGUAUGGAAAGUUUUACUUGGAAUACUGCCUCCACAUACUGAUUCUCACCCCUUGGUUGCACGUUACAGACAAGAACAGUAUGAGGAUGUGAGGGAAGCUCUAAAGGCCAUGCGCUUUGUGCAUGCAGCAACACCAUACACUGAGCUCUAUCUUCGCAUGCACCAGCUUGAGAACCAAAAGCUGAUGCGCCGAUCAGAGCUCACUCAGCCUGGAGAAGAGGAUGAAGAUUUUUUGGCUAUUGCCAGGGCAAUGGAGGAGAUAGUAGAUGACCCAGUGGACUGUUACUGGCUGAUUAGGUGCUUUGUCAACCAGUUCAACCACAAGUUUGGUGACUCUAUACCUCACUUGCCCAAAAGCCUGGAACAUUUCCUCUCGCAGGAGGACAGUCGUCUGCUGGCCCACCUUAAAACAUCAGGAAGUCUGGUGUUGUUACCCUACUCUCUUUGGUUCAGACGCUGUUUUGCAGGCAGCCUGCCAGAGUCCAGUCUACAGAGAGUGUGGGACAAGGUAAUUAGUGGUUCCUGUAAAAUACUAGUCUUCAUAGCUUUGGAGAUUUUGCUGAGCUACAAGAUCAUGCUCAUGGGAACAAGUCGACCAGAAGCAGUUGCGAAGUUCUUAAGCAAUCUGCCGCAGGAGAAUACAGACGCUAUUGUAACCAAAGCCAUUGAUCUGUGGCACAAAUACUGUGGAACUCCUAUGCACUCUGUUUAAAGGAGCCAUACAAUAAAAUACUUAAAAAAAUAUAAGGCUGCAGAUUCAGGGGUUCAUGGACAGAGGGAAUUGUGGUAAACUGAGAUGCUGGUGCUGUUGUUCUCCCACUGCACACGGUCACUCAGGUUUGUGGACGGUGGAGUGGGUGGAUGCCAGUGUUUCAGGGAGCCUCCAUGUCUAUGUUACUUUCUGGCUCUCUGCCUUUAGUUAGGCUGUUUUAUUCAGUUCUGCCGGAGUCAUUUGCCACACUCUGAUAAUGUUUUAAUAUUCUCAGUUUUGCAUAAAUCCAGUCAAAACUAAUUCCAUCUCUCUGCUUUCCUCCGAGUUACUGACUGCCCACCUGUCUGACCCGAUACCGAUGUUGGACCCUCAGGCUCUCGCGUCUCCUGUCCGGCCAGACUGAUGGAAGUUUCUGAAGUCAGCUCUUCUCCACCACCACCACAGAUCAGCUGCUCAUCGUCCAUCUUAUUCUCCACUACUGAUUACAUCCAAGCCAUUAGUGGCGCUAUUACACUCCUGAAUACAUAAAACCUAUAUGGAUGUAUAAAAUACUUUUUAAAUUUUAAUUUAAAAGCUGUUUGACCAGUGGUAGGAUGGUCCCCCCUCAAAUGUGAGUCUUGGUCCUCCCAAGGUUUCUUCCUCCUCCUGCAGCUCUGAGGGAGUUUUUCCUUGCCUCCGCGCUCACUGGGGGUUCUGUAUUCUGUAUUUUCUAUGUUUAAUGUUUUGCCUGAUUCUUUGUCCUGUAAUCAUGUUUCUGUAAAGCUGCUUUGUGCCAACACCUGUUGUAAAAAGCGCUAUACAAAUAAAUUUGAUUUGAUUUGAUUUAAAACA